AUGUACUCCUCAAUGGAGGAGAGUUGGAACUUUGAUGAAUAGGAACCCAAAUCUCCUUCUCAAGAUUUAUUAGACAAAUAUAAUUCCCGUCUUCAAGAUAUUGAAAACUCAAAAGGCAAAAUUAAGGUAUGAAACUGAUUCACAUUCAAGAAAUUUUAGUUUGAAUAACAGUUAGAUCGAUUAAGGAAUUGGUAUGAAAUUAAAGAACAUCUCCUUGAGAUUACUAAAGAAGCUAAUCUAUUAUAAAGUCAGAAUGUAGAGAGAAGACAGCAACUCAUACUUCAAAUUAGGAAUAGAGAAUCACAAUUGAAGGAACUUAGAAGACUUCAAAUUUAAGGGAUCAAAAAAUAGAAACAAAUUGGGUUGUUUAUUAAAGAAUAGAGAGCCUCUAAGAGACAAGAAAUCACAAUUCAAGAAAUAGAUGAAUUAUUAAAUGGAAUAUAAGCGAUGAAAGACAACCUAUAAUAGAAAUAUGGAUGGCAAUUCCCUAAAAAACAGAUCUUUGAUUUCUCUUCUGACGAGUUUCUAGAGGAAAUAGAUGUUCUUAAGACUGAUCGCAUAAAAUUCGAUUUUAUUGAAAAUAACAUUUACCAUUUGGACAACAGUUAAUAAAUGCAUUAUGAAAUGCAAAAGUAUUUAAAUCACGCAUUAAUAGAUUCAAGAAGAAGCAUCUAAACAGUAUCCUUGAUUAAUCUGUGAGGUCUUACCAAUCUCUAUCUAGUUCAUCCAAGAAGGAAAUGCUGAGUUUGAGAUUUGAUAAAGUCACGACAAGACUUCCUCCAAUACCAAAGGAAACUUAAUCUUAAUCCCAGACCACACAAUAGUAGUUAAAGAGUGGUAUUGGCUUAUCAAAAAUGCUUAGAUAUCCUUUAAAUUCUUAGGCUCUUGCUUCACCUAGGAGAAGAUAACAAUUCGGUUUCAUUGAAGAUAUUAUUGCAAAUUCAGUUUCAAGCAGAGUGCUGACUAGGAAAUAGACUACUAAUUUAACGCAUUAAUCUGAGGGAGAGAGUUAAAGAAAGGAUAGAAGGAAAUAGGAUCUUUCUGUUCAUUCAUCUUAAGAUAGAAUGCUAAAAAUGAAAAAUGUUUAGAAAAUGUACUAUCCAGAUGUAAAAUUUGACAUAAUCAGAGAAGUGGAUGCUCCAUAGAAGCAAAAGAAACUGCCCAGAAGAGGAUUAAAUUAACAACAGGAAAUCUAACGUAUUUUAAACAAUGUUAAUGAGACAUUUUCACAUGUUAUUAAUAAUAAAGCCUACUCUGAACAUAAAUUCACUAAAAUUAGAGAUUUGCAAAAAUAAUAUGUAAAAGAUGCAAAUAGUUCUUUGUCAAAAGUCAGUAAGUAUCAGCUGGAAGAAAAGCUUGACGAUGUUUGGUAAACUCUAGUAAAGGAUCAAAAAAAGAAAUAACCAAAACUUUUGGACUAUUAUAAAAAAAAGUUUAAAAUAUGA